AUGGGUAACUACUGGAAAGUCGCCGGUUCUGAAGUGAACGACCAACUCUAUGUCAACGACCUCAAGGAGCAAUACAGCUCCGGCAAGCUCGCUGAUGCCAGUGAAGUUGAAACAGAGAUCUCCAAAGUGAAAUACCCCGAGUUUCUUCAUAAAACAGAAGCAGAAGAAGCCGGUCUUUACAACAACCAUGCCAACCCAGACCAUGUCAAAAACGACAAGGGCCAUUUGGGUGACCCCACCUUCAAGAACCUUUUCAAGGCUGGCCUGAAGUUCGAGAAGUUCGACUUGUCUCCCAACUUGGGUACCGAGAUUGACGGAAUCCAGCUCAGUGAAUUGGAUGACGCUGGAAAGAACGAUUUGGCUUUAUUCUUGGAGACCAGAGGCCUUGCAGUGUUCAGAAAUCAGGAUUUCAGAGACAAGGGUCCCGCUUUUGCCAAAAACUUUGGUAAGUACUUUGGUCCUUUGCACAUUCAUCCUGUUGCUUAUUCUGCCAAAGACCACCCAGAGUUGUUUGUUACUUUCAGAAAGGCCGGUGGUCCAUCCAGAUGGGACCUGCAAUUCAAGCACCAGACUGAUGGUAUCAGAUGGCACUCUGAUGUGAGUUUCGAGGAAUACCCCUCCUCUUUCUCUUUCUUCGUUGCUUUGGAAGCUCCACCCUCUGGUGGUGACACUGUGUUUGUGGACUUGAGAGAAGCUUACAACAGAUUGUCUCCACCAUUGCAGAAGUUUUUCGAAACCUUGACCGCUGUCCACUCCAAUGAAUACCAGCAAAAGGGCGCUGCUCUCAGAAGUCAAUUGGCCAAGGUCAAGAAGGUUUCUUACUCCGAACAUCCUUUGGUGAGAACGCACCCAGUCACCGGACAAAAGAGUUUAUUCUUCUCCAGAGGUUUCAUCCAGAAGAUUAAGGGCGUGAAGGAGUCCGAAUCUGCCUUCAUCUUAAAUUUCUUGGAGGACCACUGUCUUAACAACCCAGAAAUUCAAGUGAGAGCCAACCACAGGGGAACUGAUUCCAGAUCUGUGAUCGCAUGGGACAACAGAUUUUUGGCUCACACUGCUACCUUGGAUUUCCUUAACCACGAGACCACCGCUCGUCACCACUACAGAGUCACAGUUCUUGGUGAGAAGCCUUACUUGGAAGAGAAGAAGGUUGAGGAUUCUGACUCCGAUGGUGAGGACAAGCACCCAAGAGCCUACUAA